GCCACCCGCGCCUCUACCUAGUCUUCGCUUCCCGUGUUUAUUUAUACGCUCCCAGCUACCGCUCAAAGCGAUAGCUGGAGAAGAAGAAUUACAAGUCAGUACUCGGCUUGUUGUAUUGGAGCGAGGCCGGAGGGUUUUGCGCGUGUGGUAUGGGGGAGCAGGAGAACAACAAGAGCGGCGGCCGCACCAACACCAUGGUGGAGGAGGAGGCGCCGGCAGCGGCGGCGAAGGAGAAGGGUCGUGGCGCCGCGGACCCGCGCCUCCAGGGCAUUUCCGACGCCAUCCGCGUCGUCCCCCACUUUCCCAAGCCAGGGAUCAUGUUCAACGACAUCACCGCGCUGCUGCUGCGGCCGCGCGUGUUCAAGGACGCCGUGGACAUGUUCGUCGAGCGCUACCGCGGCAUGGGCAUCGCGGCCGUCGCAGGUAUUGAAGCAAGAGGAUUCAUCUUUGGCCCAGCCAUUGCCCUAGCCAUCGGAGCAAAGUUCAUACCAUUGCGCAAACCUAAGAAACUCCCAGGUGAGGUAAUUUCUGAGACUUAUGUACUUGAGUACGGGACGGAUUGUUUGGAGAUGCAUGUUGGAGCUAUUGAACCGGGCGAGCGCAUAGUGGUUGUUGAUGAUUUGGUUGCUACUGGUGGAACACUUUCUGCUGCUAUAACACUUCUCGAACGUGCUGGAGCUGACGUGGUUGAAUGUGCAUGCCUCAUUGGGGUUCCCAAGUUUAAGGAUUUCUACAAGCUCAAUGGAAAGCCAGUUUAUAUAUUAGUGGAGUCCCGCAAAUAGAAUGUAGUAAAGUGAUGAUCAGUAGUAGCAGAAACAGCAGAAGCUUACACCUAGGGUACUAAUUCCGGUUCUCCCUUGUGAUUUUUUUCAGAAAAGCUUAGCUUUUCCUGAAAAAAGCUCACGGCUUCAUUCGUUUGCAAGCGCAAGGUGGAUGGGUAUCGAACUCAGCAGUAAACUGUGUUAAGAGUAAGGCAAGCUGCGAUGUAUCUGCAUGGAGAGGGUGAGAUGGAUGGAGCUUAGGCUUUGUAGCAGGUAUAGCUUUUUAACUGAGAGUUUGUAGUUAUCCCUGCCGGGAACAUCACUUUUAGCCAGAGAAAAAAAUGAUCAUGCUGAUGUUUGUUUUUUCGGUGACAAUUAUCUUGUUUCUUUUCACUUACUGAUCAAGUAAUGAAACUAGUACUUUUUUCUGUA